CAACGUCGUGACUCCUGCAGCUGCUCAGACUCUUGACGAUGCCGCUGCUCUCUCGCACGGUGCUCUCACUCCUGACAUUCAGACUGCUAUGGGAAUGAACGGCAUGCAGCCUCAGAAUAAUGCUGGAACUGUAGGCAAUCUGCAUCAUACACCCACCACUCUGACUCCAUCUUUACAACAUCCUUUCUGGCCCCAAGUUGUCAAUAUCAAUGGUAUGUUGUACGCUGUUCAUGCUGCUUCCAGCUACCCACAUAUCCCGAUAAAAACUACGCCCAUUCUACAAAGCUCUCAGGACUCGGUCAAUCCCACUGUCGUGGUUGAGCCACCGCUCAAUCCUGCAACCCAUAUCGAGGCUCUGCAACAAGAGGGUGAACAGUUACUGGAACACAUUCCACAAGGACAGGCACACGGAAACAUACCGCCUCAGCCCCCUGCUGCUGAUCCAGAACUACGCAAUGACCAUAACCAGAAUGCAUUUUUUUUAAUUGCAAAACUAGCAGUGCUUUUGUUCAUGUUUUGUCAGAAUGCAAGCAUCACUCGAAUCGUCGUCCUUCAUCUUGCUGCCCUUCUUGUAUUUGUGGGUCAAAUGGGUUAUAUCCAGGUUCCUUCCUGGAAGCCUCUAGACCAGGCUCAGGAGCCUCUCAACCCCUCUAAUUCUGACGCUACUCAGCUUUCUGGUCUGUCUGCUGCCACUGAGCCCCCUGCUUUUCAUCAUCAGUUACUAGACAUUGUUUCUGCUUUUUUGGUAUCUUUGAUCCCUGACCACGACAGAGUCCCCGAAGACAAUGCUGCUAAUCCGUUCCGGGCAAUGUAAAUAUGCUCUUCGAUCCAUUCCAUCACUCAUAUCCUGCCAUCCGUAAAGUGUUGCACCAAGUGUUGGUUCACUCAUGCUUAUCUCAGUCGAAAGCUUAUUUCCUGCUAUGCCGUUGGGCUCUUUGAUCGGCUUGGUGUCUGUUGACACUAAACAAAUCGUUAUAGAUGGCUUACACCACUUUUUCAAUUGAUAUGGCAAUAAAUGCAUCUUAUAAACACUG